UCAGAUGUUUCAGAACAUGAUUCCAAAGUCGAUCAGAGCCAUGAAAUUCUACUACACUACGGUUUAUCAAGAAAUAUGGGUUGGCAUAGCAUUAACGGCUUAUGUCUAUUACAAAAUUUCAUAUGGCGGGAAAAAAGCCGUGGCAGAUAGUAAGUAUUAA